AAAGAGUAUAGGAGAAGAAUCGCUCCAACCCCUAAAAAGGGAGUCUCGUACUCCAAAGCUGCUUCAGCCCCAGUCCAAUCCGCACAGUGCCCGUCAUGUACCGCUUUGGAGGGUAUGGUACUCAAUUUAACAGAUCAGGUUGCCGCUUUGGUUAAGCAGCUUGCAGCCGGUACCGGACAACAUCCGUUGGCAUCCACUAGUAAUCCUUCGCAAGCAGUCCACACGCCCCAUAUUAAGUCCAACACACAGAUUCAAGGUCGCUCAACAGCUACUCCUACUUUCAGAGACAAGGUGCAACAAAAUACGAAACCCGCCUUAUCUUUGGAAGAGAGGAAAAAACUCUGGCUCGGCAGCGGUGACAGGAAUCCGGGACGAAGUUCGAGGAUUGGAGCGAUUCAACCUCCGCAGACAAUCAAUCAGCAGGUCCGCCAGAAGAUGCUUGCUGCUCUGCUUCAAGUGCAUCCCAUGAGACGUGAAAGCACUUCUGCUUAUUUGGUUGAAAUCCAACACCACCGCCCCACGGUAUCUUGCGCAUAG